UAUUUAGCGAUAUUAUAUCACGUUAUAAUGAAUAUUCACCUCCAUCCUCCAUCUCACUUUGGCUAAAGGUACUGAGAAUGGAAAGAGGAGAAUAUUCAGGUCUUGGAUCUAAUCUAAUUACGACCCAUGAAAGAAGCCAUGAAAUGGAAGGAGAAGAAAGAUCAGAAAAAGAUUGGUGUAGAAGAGCAAAUUUUGUUGAAGAAACAAGAAAGCAACUAGGGCUAGCAGGGCCUCUCAUAGCCGUUAGUAUAUUGCAGUACAGCUUACAAGUUAUAUCAGUGAUGUUCAAUGGUCAUUUAGGACAGCUGCCUCUUUCUGGUGCUUCCAUGGGAUCUUCCUUUGCUUCAGUCACUGGUUACACUGUCCUGCUAGGAAUGGGAAGUGCAUUGGAGACAUUAUGUGGGCAAGCCUAUGGAGCAAAACAGUACCACAUGCUUGGUGUUCACACACAACGAGCUAUGCUAAUCCUUUUAGCCUUAAGCAUUCCUCUAGCAACAAUUUGGUAUCACACAAGCACCAUUCUCAUAGCACUAGGCCAAGACCAUGAAAUAUCUACUGAAGCUGGAAUUUUCAAUCGUUGGAUGAUCCCAAGCCUUUUUGCCUAUGGUCUCCUUCAAUGCCUAAACAGAUUUUUACAAACACAAAACAAUGUUAUUCCUAUGUUGAUAAGCUCUGGAUUCACAGCUUUGCUACAUGUUCUUGUUUGUUGGGUCCUUGUGUUUAAAAUCAAGCUUGGGAUUAAAGGAGCUGCCUUGGCAAUCUCCAUUUCCAAUUGGGUUAAUGUGCUUUUGUUGGCAAUUUAUGUAAGAUUUUCUCAAGCUUUCGUGAAAACUUGGACUGGGUUUUCCAAAGAAUCCUUGCAUGAUAUUCUUAGCUUCAUAAAGAUAGCUGUGCCUUCAGCAAUUAUGAUAUGUAUUGAAUAUUGGUCCUUUGAAAUGGUUGUUCUCUUGUCUGGACUACUUCCAAAUCCAAAAUUAGAGACAUCAGUAUUAUCAAUAAGCCUUAACACAUGCUGGAUGGUUUAUAUGAUUUCUGUUGGUCUUGGAGGUGCUAUAAGUACAAGAGUGUCAAAUGAGUUGGGAGCUGGGUGUCCACAUGGUGCACUUGUGGCUCUUCGGGUCAUGAUCACAUUGGCCCUUUUAGAGGGUACAACAAUAGGAAUCACUACACUUCUGGUGCGCAAUGUUUGGGGAAAGCUUUAUAGCAAAGAGGAAGAAGUUAUCAAAUACGUUGCUAAAAUGAUGCCACUGCUUGCAUUAUCAGACUUCUUGGAUGGAUUCCAAUGUGUACUUUCAGGUGCUGCUAGAGGAUGUGGGUGGCAAAAUCUAUGUUCAUUUAUAAAUCUUGGUGCUUACUAUUUUGUGGGAAUUCUUUCUGCUGUGCUCUUUGCUUUCAUCUUCCAUUUUGGAGGCAUAGGGCUUUGGAUGGGUAUCAUAUGUGGACUUUCCAUUCAAGUUGUGGCACUUGUUACAGUAAACUUAUGCACUAAUUGGAAUCAAGAGGCAAUGAAAGUUGUGCGCGGUGCUCGGGAGGUGGCAUAAUUGUUGACAAGGAACCAUGGAUUUGUUUUUAAUUUUUCACGACACACCAAGAAAAUAAAUUGAUGAUAAAUAUUCAUUCCUUUCUUAGGAAGAAAAAUUAUGUACUUCUGGUGGAAAAUCAGAAAAUAAAACCUGAUAUAUAGUUUAUAGCUCUCGUUUAGAUUU